CAUCGCUGCCAGGUACUUUCCUUUUGGAGUUAAUGGGAUGCUUGCUGGAUCCGCUACUGUUUUCUUUGCAUAUAUAGGCUUUGAUGCGGUUGCAAGCACGGCUGAGGAGGUGAAGAAUCCACAACGUGAUUUGCCAUUGGGAAUUGGAAUCGCAUUAUCCCUAUGCUGUGUCUUGUACAUGCUGGUAUCUGUGGUUAUAGUUGGUUUGGUGCCUUAUUAUGGAAUGGAUCCUGACACACCAAUUUCAUCUGCUUUCUCCAGCCAUGGGAUGCAGUGGACAGUGUACAUUAUCACUGCCGGUGCAAUUACUGCUCUCUGUGCAACAUUGUUGGGUUCAAUCCUUCCCCAGUGGCUUUGAACGAUGUAGCGUUUUCAACACACGCGGUUCUACUGACAGGAUUCACAGUUUUGCAAGUUUUAAUCUAUGAAGUAAUUGGAUCAUCUAACGGAACCUUCUUUUUUUGCUGUCUUCUCCUGGUUUUCGUGCAGUUUUAUAGAGGAUGGCUUGUUAUCAGUUUUAACAGAUGAUGUUUACAACUUUCUAGCGUUUAUGUUGUACAUUACACAGGGUUUUAUGUAAUAACUCUAUUAUUGAAUGGCUUUAAAUAUUUUUUCCA